AUGCCUGAAGUGCGAAGGGGCAGUGCUGCUCCAGUAUCAAACUCAACUCUCCCAUUACAAGAGGAAUCCGGCGUUACUCGUCCUUCACAAUCUCAUCAAUCUUCCACUGAUCGCGUGCGCUUCAACAUCCCCCAAGAUUCGACAUCACCAACAUCACCAACAUCACCAACAUCACCACGCGAACCCCUCGACUCAGCUUUUGCACAACUGCCUAGAAGAACAUCAGAAAUCCCUAGAAGGAGUUCCGAUGCACCUCGACGAAGCUUAUCAUAUGCUCAACGUCCCGUAGCUGAAGCAUACUACGAUUCUCGAGCAGCUACAGAAAAAGAAUACCGACGACGAGCCACAACUCUCCUAGAAUACUACGACGAAAAUCCGCAUUUGUUACCGCAGCUUCCGUUUACUUGGCAUCAUGGUUGGAAGCGCUGGAGACUCUUCAUCUUUGCAUUCCUCGUCUUUGUCGACGCAUCCGCCGUUCCCAUAGCUCUGUACUAUGGCUUGAAAUAUGCCGGCGACGUCGAAGGCUGGAUCAUCUUUGCUGUUGUGACGACCAUCUGGGGUGGUCCCACGUACGUGGAAUUCGGAGUCCGGACCCUCCGGUUGAUCAAGGUGGACAGGUUCUAUCGACCCCUGGGAACGAAUAGCCGCUGGUGUUUCGAUAUGCUGACGUACUCGUCCACCCUUACUAUUUUCGUCGUCACGGCUUUGUUCAUCAUUGGUAGCGCACCUCAUAAUGUGUGGUUGAGAGUCCUUUGUAUGCCUGCUCCGGCGAUCCUGUACUGCUAUGGCGGUACCCUUUUCCUUAUUACUCUUUACCAUCAGAUGAAUUGGCCUGCACCUUUUCGAAUUAGCUCCACUGCCAAGGGCGAAAAGGUCUUACCAGGUGCUUACUACUUUAUCGAGGAUGUUAUCGCGGUUAAUGCCCUCGGUGGCCGGCCUUACCGGGAGGCUCUAGCAGCUCGUUACAAGGCUAGCCCUCGCUUCCAACAAAUGGUUUACAAGCAAUCAUGGUUCUGGUCGAUCCCGGCACUUGUCCUCGCCGUUCCCCUCACCGUCAUCUCCGUCAUUCCCCAGGUCCCGGCUACUGGUGCCUACGGUGUUGCAUGGGCCGUUCCAUUCCUGUGGGCUGUUGUCUGGGGUAUCAUCACUAUCAAAUGGUGCAAGAGAGACAUGAAGCGAGAGAGGGAAGAAUGGGAACAAGGUGUCGACCCAGAGAAGGAGAUUAAAAGAAAGGAUUCGUCUAUUGAGACAGCUUAA